AUGAGAAACCACACGAUAACAACAUUUAUCCUGCUGGGGCUGACCGAUGAUCCACAACUGAAGGUUGUGAUUUUCAUCUUUCUGUUUCUCGCCUACCUGUUAAAUGUAGCUGGGAAUCUGAUGAUCAUCUUCCUCAUCAUGGUGGAUUCACACCUUAAAACUGCCAUGUACUUUUUCCUACAAAAUUUCUCCCUCUUAGAAAUCUCAUUUACAUCUGCUUGUAUUCCCAAAUACUUAUAUAACCUAUCUACAGGUGAUAAAACAAUCACAUAUGACAAUUGUUUCAUUCAAAUGUUUUUUACUGACCUAUUGGCUAUCACGGAUUUUUUUCUCCUGGCCACCAUGUCCUACGAUCGCUAUGUAGCCAUUUGCAAACCCCUGCAUUACAUGACCAUCAUGAACAAAAGGGUCUGUCAAAGACUUCUCCUUUGUUGCUGGGCAGCUGGUUUCUUGAUCCUACUCCCACCAUUUAGCCUGGGACUAACUCUGGAAUUCUGUGACUCCAAUGUUAUUGACCAUUUCCUAUGUGAUGCCUCCCCAGUCUUAAAGAUCUCAUGCACUGAAACAUGGCUCAUAGAGCAGAUGGUCAUAGCUGGUGCUGUGUUAACCUUUAUCAUGACCUUUUUCUGUGUGACUCUAUCCUACACAUACAUAAUUAAGAUCAUUAUACGAUUCCCUAAUAUCCAGCAAAGAAAAAAGGCAUUUUCCACCUGUUCUUCCCACCUGAUUGUGGUCUCCAUCGCCUACGGAAGCUGCAUCUUCAUCUAUGUUAAACCGUCAGCCAAGGAUUCAGUAGCCAUUAACAAGGGUGUAGGAAUCCUCAUUACUUCCAUCUCUCCUAUGCUGAACCCCUUCAUUUACACACUGAGAAACAAGCAAGUAAAACAAGCCUUCAAUGACUUAAUCAAAAGAACUGCACUAUAUUUAAAGAAGUAA